AAGACACAAACAUUCUGCAUUAAACCAUCAAACACAACUUAACACACACACAAAUUACACAGUUCAAAAAAAAAAAAGACUUAAAACAAACAAAAAGCUAUGGCAAACUUCCCAUUGAUCAACAUGGAGACACUUAAUGGUGCUGAGAGAGCUUCUACCAUGGAAAAAAUUAAUGAUGCUUGUGAAAACUGGGGAUUCUUUGAGUUGGUGAACCAUGGAAUUUCUCAUGAAUUACUUGACAAAGUAGAGAGAAUGACAAAGGAUCAUUACAAGAAAUGCAUGGAACAAAGGUUUAAGGAAAUGGUGGCAGCUAAAGCAUUAGAAGGUGUCAAGGUGGAAGUUAACGAUAUCGAUUGGGAGAGCACGUUCUACUUGCGCCAUCUUCCGACUUCAAACAUUUCAGAAGUUCCUGAUCUUGAGGAUGAAUACAGGGAGUUAAUGAAGGAUUUUGCUGGUAAACUAGAGAAACUAGCAUUGGAGCUUUUGGACUUGUUGUGUGAGAAUCUUGGACUGGAGAAAGGUUACCUAAAGAAAGCAUUUUAUGGAUCAAAGGGUCCAAAUUUUGGAACCAAGGUUAGCAACUACCCACCAUGCCCUACCCCUGACUUGAUCAAGGGUCUUAGAGCACAUACCGAUGCUGGUGGCAUCAUUUUGCUCUUCCAAGAUGACAAAGUUAGCGGUCUCCAGCUUCUUAAGGACGACGAAUGGAUCGACGUCCCACCCAUGCGUCAUUCCAUCGUCAUCAAUCUUGGUGACCAAAUUGAGGUGAUUACUAAUGGGAAGUACAAGAGUGUGAUGCACAGAGUGAUUGCUCAAACAGAUGGAACAAGGAUGUCAAUAGCAUCUUUCUACAACCCAGGGAGUGAUGCUGUGAUCUAUCCAGCACCAGAAUUGUUGGAGAAGGAGCCAGUUAAAAACGAACUAUCGUACCCAAAAUUCGUAUUCGACGAUUACAUGAAACUGUAUGCAGGUUUGAAGUUUCAAGCAAAGGAGCCAAGGUUUGAAGCAAUGAAAGCAGUUGAAGCUAAUGUUGGUUUGGGUCCUGUUGCAACAGCUUAGAAGUCAUGUUUAAAAAAAGCUAGAAAUAUUAUAUACUUUUUUCAUCUCUUUUAAGGGGUUUGAAAAAUCUAUACAAGUUCUAUAUAGGAGUGUGUUUGCUACUUGUAGUACAGACAAAAGAGUGUUGUGCUAGUUAUUUUUUUAAAUAGUAAUAAUUUUUCGAGAUUUAAAUCUUGUACGUACUAUCUAUAAAUAAAUACUAUACUGUUUGGAGUGCA